AUGGAUUCCCAUCUGCAUACCGGUAGCCCCCACCCGGAGCUUCAGGUACACCUCCCCAGCAUUCCGACGCACUCCCGUGUGCCGGCCUCUCUGCGCUGCUGCUGCGGUCGCGAGGACUGCGCCCUACUCGAGCACAAUAAUGUUGCGCUCGAGGGCCUGGAGAAGGACCUUGAAACGGCAGCUAGAUUAGGACAGGCCUUACUCCACCGCCAUGAAAGCUAUAUGGCUGAGGCGGAAGAGGACCGCCAGCAGCUUGUAGCGAGCGUGGAUGCGCUCGAGCGCGAGAAGCGCCAGGUUCAGGUGGAGAAUGCGCGCAUCGUUGAGGAAAACCGCUCUCUGCUAGAGCAACUCGAUGGCCUCAAUAAGGCUGUCUCUGAGUCUGACGAGCAUGUCCAGUCGCUUACAGCUACACUGGAACAUACGCAGGCGGAACUGCGUCGCCUGACCGUCGCUGCGUCGCGCGCUGCUGAGCUUGAGGCUCAGCUCGCGCUUAUGGAGACAGAACAGUCUAGACUGGAGGAUACCAUUUCUUCCGUGCAGGAGGAUGAGAAGUCCGCUGUGCAGCGGUGGAGGAAUGCCGAGACCAUUCUUCGCGAUCUUCAUGACCAGGUUGAGCGCAUUGAAGCUGAAGCGCGCGAGGAGCGUGAGCAGCACCAGGAACUCAUUCAGCGCAUGGAGCGGAAACGGGCCGUCGAGCGCGAACUGGAUAAUGCGGCCGGUCGUCUCAAAGGUGCGGCUGCCGCAUCUGAGCUUGGACGGGAUCCCGGUACGCAUGUGGUUUCGCGCUUCGUCAAGGACAUCCUGCAGGAUAAUGCGAACCUGCAAGUGGGGAUCAUGGAGUUGCGGGAGAUGCUGGAGAGCUCCAACCAAGAGGUGCAAAACCUGCGUGAGCAAGUUCUCUUCCACCAGCCGCUUGCCGAAAUCGGCGAGGAAGAGAAUGCCGAGCUUCUCCCAUCCGCAACACUUAGCGAUGAACUCGAGUCGAAGGAACGCCGAGUCUCGCAAGAAUUCCAUAUUCAUCACCAUUACCACACACCAACAACUUCGAAGAAAGACAAGGGCUCGCUCAACCGUCGCGUUAAGAAGCGACGGCCUGCUCUUGGAAGUCCCGCCUCUCUCCACUCCGCCAUGGGCAUCAGCUCUCCUCGCCGUUCUAUCCACCGCUCUCAAUCCUCCGGCUCGUCUAUGAAUACCAUCCUCUCUCAAACCUCCGUCUCUAUUCCUCCACCGUCAUCCUCCCGCCGCUGGUCGCUGCAAUCGCCAGCGACUGAUUCAUUAGCAAGCUCGCCGCAAUCUGUAUUCCGCACAUCCUCCAUCUUCGACCGUGUUGAUCGCGGAUACGAUUUCUCCCAACCUACCAGUCCUGACAGCACUGUGUUUUCCUCGCCGCUCAUUGGCGCGCGACAUAACAAGGGCUUUGAUAUGCCAUAUCGGCCGUUGGCCGCGCUGGAUAAUCUCGACCAGCCUGACGGCGAUUCACCCCGUCUCUUUAAUGAAGACCAAUACGAACGGCCAGGAAUUUUGGACAUGAGCGACAGCCGCACAGCACACUCUGCCAUCCCCGAAGAAUCAGAGUCAUCACCAUCAGGGCUUUACUCUCACUCUGUAGCAGGGGAGCCGGCCCCUGCCCUCGUAGAAGACAUGUUCGCACUGCAAUUCCCACCCCUGCGCAAGUCGACCUCGCACGAUAGCCUGCUCUCCGUGGCCGGAAUGGACAUCCAUACCCCCACCACCCGCCACUCGCGCAUGGGCGACUGGCACCCAGGCCUGCGCAUCCCGCAACGGAUCGUCUCGCCCAGCGUCGAGCUAGUCUCAACCCCACCCGUCCUCUCAGCACCAUUCAUCAUCGCAGACCGCGCCAAGGGCCCCAGACAAUCAUCACGCUCGCUCCUCGCGUCCGUCGCCGCAAGCAACAGUGUCCCCUCGGAAUCUGCCUCUGUGUUCUCCGCAGACAGCAACAGUACAAGCUCCACAGCUACGCCCGUCCCCCGCAAAUCAGCCACGUUGGGUCGGUUCGUGGGCGGCUGGGUCCUUGGUCGGUGGGGUAUGGCGCCCCUCUCGGACGAGCAUCCCGCCUCAGAGACAGAGGCAGAUUCGCGCGCAGAGUCCGAGCAUUCUACCCCAAAGCCAGCGCCAACGACAACACCAAACGUCGAACCGAUGGCCGCCCUUCAUGAUCCCAUGCCACCGAUGCGCUUUAGAUUCACGGGUGUGAAUCAGAAGGGUCCAAUCCUGGGCCUGCGACCCCCGCCCCCAGCACCCGUGAAUGUGCGGCCGCAGAGGAUCGACGAGGAAUUACUGAGGGAGAGUCUUGCUGAGGGGACCGACUAG